AUGGAUAAUGGUUCCCGUUUGAUCAGCAGAUAUGACGACAGAUUAUUAAAAGAGCAGGAUAAAGGGCUUGAACAGCAGCCUGUGCUGAAAUUAUCGCAUAAAAACGAUUCAAUAUGGUAUAAUCCCAAACUCAUAGCCGAAUACGUACAGCUUCUAUUCAAUACCAUAAUAACGUCUUUUCUACUUUAUCUCGUGAUCAGGUUCCUUAUUAUGAUUAAUAAUGAUGUUCAUUUUAGAUUAGAAGAGCUAAAACAAGUCGAGCUAAGUAGGAUUUCCAACUGUAAAUCAGAUUACUAUAACAACGAAUGCCAUAUGGGUGAAGAGAUACCAGCUUUGACUAAUCUUUGUAGUAAAUGGUACCAGUGUAUGAACAUAGAUAUAGAAACUCACAGAGAUCUGAGCGAGUCAGCAAAACUUUGGGCUCGUAUUCUUGCCGAGGUAAUCAAUGCUUUUGUAUCUGAAAUUAGCAUGAGAUCUCUAUUCUUCCUUCUAUUCACGAUUUGUUCGCUGGUCAUAGUCACAAACGUUGCAUUUGGUACUUACAGGGUAUUUCAUUAUAAUAAUACAAGGUAG